UCCUCCGUCGUCAGCUCUCACCUGAGAAGCUUUAAUCGAACAAAACGCGCAAGAGUCCGCGUUCCGAGUUCCGAUGGACUCGUCCUCCGCAUCCUCAGCUCCUUCGGCUUCCUCUGUGCACUUAGCCAUGGCGGCCUUCGUCGGCGCCUCCCUCAUGGCCAUCUCCGCCUUCUACAUUCACAAGCGCAGCGUCGAUCAGGUCCUCCAGCGCCUCAUUGAGUUCCGCUGCAAGCCUAAUCGAGUUUCCGGCAACCGCGCCGCGGUCGAAGCCGAAGAAGAAGAAGUUUACAACGAUGACGAAGAUGAGCGAGGGUUUGAUUCCGACGGCGAGGUCGCUGACGUGGCAAUUGAUCGGAAGAUGCGGCCGAGGUCGGUGGAAGAUAAGGCUCUUCACUCGUAUAGGAUAUCUUCUUCGCUGCCCAAUGUGGCUAUGAGGAGCGGCGAUUGGGUGGAAGAGGAAGCUAGGUUCGAUCGGCCACGCAAUUUUGGAUCUCCAGGGGUUUCUUCUUCGUUGGACAAGCUCAAUUUCAUUCCCUCCGGGCUUCCGCUUCUUCGGACCGAUCAGAGAAACGGAGAGGGUCAGUCUGCUACUCACUCUAGUACCAAUACAAGGACACCUAUUGGUAGGUUAAUGACUCCGAGAUCCCAGGCUGGAAAUGCCCUCGAAAGUAUUGGAGACUCCGACGAGGAAGGAACUGAGUAUGCAAAUGAAGAUGACGAUAUUUUCAACUACGGGAAUGCAGAUGCUUUAGAUAAUUCCAUAACUUCAGUUUACCAAAAUGAAGGUCAAAUGUAUCAAAUGACAUUAAGUGAAGCAAAAUCUGUUGUGGAUCAUCAAGGUGAUGGAAAGGUAGAUACAGCUUCAGCACACUCGGUGAAGAAGGAUCUAAAUUUUACCAGCAUAGUUUCACCAAUGACUUCAUCAAUGCGUGAGUCAAUAAGCAAAGAAGAAGAGGAAGUACAUAAAAUGAUUCGAGAAUGCUUGGAUCUGCGUAAGAGGUAUCUUUACAAGGAAGAGGUUGCUCCAUGGAUGGUCGCUAGGCUAGAAUCUAUUGCAUCAGAGAAGAAAAGUGACCCAUUUCAUUUUGAUCCUGUGGAAGCAUCAACUCAUUGCUUUAGGAUGGAAGAUGGUGUCAUACAUGUUUAUGCGAGUGAAAAGGACCCUGUAGAUGUAUUCCCUGUUGCAAGUGCAACGGAAUUUUUCACGGACAUGCAUUAUCUUCUAAAAGUUAUGUCUAUUGGAAAUGUUCGCUCUGCAUGCCAUCAUAGGUUGCGAUUUCUUGAGGAGAAAUUUCGUGUUCAUCUGUUGCUAAAUGCGGAUAUGGAAUUUUUAGCUCAGAAGAGUGCACCACACCGUGAUUUUUACAAUGUUAGAAAAGUUGAUACACAUGUGCAUCAUUCUGCUUGCAUGAACCAGAAGCAUCUCCUCUCAUUCAUCAAGUCAAAGCUAAAAAAAGAACCUGAUGAGGUUGUCAUAUUCAGAGAUGGAAAAUAUCUUACACUUAAGGAAGUUUUUGAGAGUUUGGACUUGACAGGGCAUGACCUGAAUGUUGACUUAUUGGAUGUUCAUGCGGAUAAGAGUACUUUCCAUCGAUUUGACAAAUUCAACCUAAAGUAUAAUCCAUGUGGACAGAGCAGACUUCGUGAAAUAUUCUUGAAGCAGGACAAUCUUAUCCAAGGGCGGUUUUUAGCAGAAGUGACAAAAGAAGUUUUGUCAGAUCUUGAAGCCAGCAAAUACCAGAUGGCAGAGUACAGGAUUUCAGUUUAUGGAAGAAAACAAAGUGAGUGGGAUCAGUUGGCUAGUUGGUUUGUUAACAAUGAAAUUUAUAGUGAGAAUGCUGUCUGGUUAAUACAGCUACCACGGUUGUACAAUAUCUACAAAAAGAUGGGAAUUGUCACCUCUUUCCAGAAUAUUUUAGACAACGUGUUCGUGCCACUCUUUGAAGCUACAGUUGAUCCAAACUCCCAUCCUCAACUACAUUUGUUCCUGAUGCAGGUGGUGGGUUUUGACGUUGUAGAUGAUGAAAGUAAACCAGAACGCCGUCCAACUAAACAUAUGCCAACACCAUCUGAAUGGACUAAUGAAUUCAAUCCUGCAUACUCUUAUUAUGCAUAUUACUGCUAUGCAAACUUGUACACUCUUAAUAAGCUGCGUGAAUCUAAAGGAAUGCAAACAAUCAAAUUUCGGCCUCACUGUGGAGAGGCGGGUGAUGUUGACCAUUUGGCUGCUGGAUUCCUUGUAUGCCAUAAUAUUUCUCAUGGGAUUAAUCUUCGGAAAACCCCUGUUUUGCAGUAUCUGUAUUAUCUGGCACAGGUUGGAUUGGCAAUGUCACCUUUGAGCAACAAUUCCCUUUUCUUGGAUUACCAUCGCAACCCCUUUCCUAUGUUCUUCCAACGUGGUCUAAAUGUCUCACUCUCAAGUGAUGAUCCUCUCCAAAUUCAUUUGACAAAAGAACCACUUGUGGAAGAAUAUAGUGUUGCAGCACAGGUAUGGAAGCUCAGUGCUUGUGACCUCUGCGAGAUAGCUAGAAAUUCUGUCUAUCAAUCAGGAUUUUCACAUGUAGCAAAGGCUCAUUGGCUUGGUAGCAAGUACUUCCUGAGAGGACCUGAAGGAAACGAUAUGCAGAAGUCAAACGUGCCCCAUUCGAGGAUUGCCUUUCGACAUGAGACUUGGAAGGACGAAGUACAGUAUAUCUUUUCAGGAAAAGCGAGGUUUCCAGAAGAAGUAGAUCCAUGAAGCAAAUGUACCAAAGUGUUGCUUCUUCCUAGUAGUCCGAUUCCAAUGGAAUGACAGUGCUUAGUUAGCGCCGACGUCAAAACUUCCCCAGGCCCUUGUUCAGCUGAUUUUGAACCGAAAUUGGGCGGUACUAAUUUAAGUCGCGUACAAGUUUUGAAGGAAGAAACGUAGGAAAAUAUUGAUCCAGUUUUGUUCUAGUCUGUAGACUUUGGCUUUCUAUAGGCUCCGAGUCCCUGGAAAUCAUCCUCUGCCACUGUUAACGAAACCUCUACUAUCAAGCUUUAAGAAACCAACCCUAAUUAUAUUUGAUGGACGUGUUAUCGUAA